AUGGCUCUGCUACUACGUAUCUGCUGGUGUCUUGUUGUACUGAGUUGCCUGGUAGCGAGUGCUGCUUGCCAUGGUGACUAUGGACACUUCCGCAAGAGGUGUCUAGCUUUCAAGCCAACGGGCUUCAUAAAGAAUUCGACCUUGACGCGACAGGAGUUUAUUUCUGCUGGUACAACGUUACAGUUAUCAGACAACGUCCCGACCUGCAACCGCGCCUCUCAAGCUGUCACAGUUGACCUCUGUCGCAUUGCCCUACAAAUUCCCACUUCGAAGCGGUCCUCGAUCAGCUUUGAACUAUGGUUGCCCAGUGAUUGGAAGGAAUCGAGAUAUCUUGCAACUGGAAAUGGUGGAAUCGAUGGAUGCAUCAAGUACGAGGAUCUUGCUUAUGGCACAACCAAUGGUUUCGCCACCAUGGGUACCAACAACGGCCACAAUGGUACCACGGGUAUCACCAUGUUGAACAACCCCGAAAUCGUCAAGGAUUUCUCUUACAGAGCUCUGCACACUGGCACUCGCUCAGCCAAGAAGCUCAUGAAAGCAUUCUACGGCAAAUCGCCAGCUCACAAUUACUAUCUCGGCUGCUCGCUGGGCGGUCGUAUGGGUAUCAAGGCUGCAGAGAAGUACCCUAAAGACUAUGAUGGAAUUGUAGCUGGAUGCCCAGCUGUUGACUUUAACAAUCUCCAAGGCCAGAGGGCUAUGUUCUACCCGAUUACAGGGUCUGCAGACUCUCCCAACUACAUCCCCAUUGACACCUGGAAAGGCCUGAUUCAUGACGAAGUUCUCCGACAGUGCGACAAGAUUGACGGCGUUGAGGAUGGAAUUAUCGAGGUCCCAGAUAAGUGUUUCUUUAACCCAAAGACUCUUCAAUGCAGCCCAAGACGUCCCAAGAACUGCUUGAACUCGGCCCAAGUCGCUCAGCUGCAAAAGAUCUACGCUCCAUAUACUUAUCCCAACGGCAAGCUCAUCUUCCCUCGCAUGAAUCCUGGCAAUGAACUACAGGCCGUAUCCAAGCUCAUCGCAGGCACCCCCUUCAGCUAUUCUGAAGAUUGGUUCCGAUACGUUGUAUAUAACGACCCCAGCUGGGAUGCUAGCACCUACAACACGAAUGAUGUCCGAAAGGCGGAUGAGCUGAACCCAUUCGACAUCCGUACCUACCCUCAAGAACUCCCCAAGUUCAAGAAACGCGGUGGAAAGUUGCUCAGCUAUCACGGUGGCCAGGAUAACCAAAUCACCCAAUUCAAUACCCAGCGUUUCUGGAAUCGCAUGUACUCUGCCGAUAACGACCUGCAGGACUACUAUCGCUAUUUCCGCAUGUCAGGCAUGUUCCACUGCAACUCGGGUCCCGGCGCCUGGGCUGUUGGCCAAGGCGGUGGUGCCCCUGCUGCGGGUGUCCCCUUUGACCCCCAGCAUAAUGUAUUGGCGGCCAUGGUGGCUUGGGUCGAGAAGGGGCAAGCGCCUGCGAGUUUGACGGGUACCAAGUUCAUCAACGACACUGCCACUAACGGAAUCGACUUUCAGCGCAAACAUUGUCUGUACCCUAAGACGCAGACAUAUAUUGGCGGCAAUCCCAAAAAGACUUCCAGUUGGCAAUGUCGAUAG